CCCAAAAAAAAAACCGCCAAAGCUGAGUUUCCAGUUACAGUGAAACAAAACUCAAGUAAUCAAACAGAUCCACCUUCCUUUAAACACACGACAUAAUCCCAUCUCGCAAUUUUUCUUACAUUACACUCCUAAAUUUUCCUUACAAAACCCCUAUAAAUAAACCCUAAUUAACUUAAAUUUUCCAUGAUUUUUCGUUAAAUCAGAUGGAGAAUAUGCAGUACGCAGAGGAACUAGUUCGGGAAUUUCUUUUAUUCCGAGGCUUUACCAACACUUUACAAUCACUCGACACUGAAUUAUCAACGGAUAUUGGUAAAGGCUUUCAAAUUGAUAAAAUUAUAGAGCUGAUUUUCUCUAAUUAUAUUCCUAACUUACAAGCAGAUAAAUUAGUCAAUCUGCUUGGUUUCUUUAAGCAGUGUUUUUCGUGUUCUGCAUCAUUCGUUUCGACUUUAUCGAAAUUGGAAGUUUCGAUUAUUAAAUACUACAUUGUUUGCGCAAUUCAAUCCGGAAAAAAGGAUAAAGUUGUUGAAUUUUUUGAAAUUCAUGGGAAUGAUUUGCUUCACAAGAGUGCUGAUUGGACUCCUUGGUUUGCUAUUCCUUAUUUGAAAAACCCUAAAUUGGAUCCGCAAUUUCGUGUUUAUUUUACUAAAGAAUGGUGUGAUGCAUUGCGCCUUUCCGUGAGGAAUUUUUUCAGUGAGAUCUUCAAUGGUACUCGCAUCCCUUCCUUGUUAAAGAUCAGUUCGGAAAAGAACACGAUUAACCAUUUAAAGAAUGAUAUUAAGCAACUUAAUCUAAAGCUAUCCCAGCUUCAGGCUUUAUUGGAGGAGAAAGAAGCUCAGAUAGGCCGGUUAAGGAGUAAUGUGUCCGAUGCUGCAUCCAUAAUGGAUGCGGAUCAAGCUAAUAGUUCUCUUUCAUCAAAUGCUGUGCUUGAAGAAAAUCUUAAUCAUACUUCUGAAACUCGUGUGUCUACUUCACAAAAGAUGGGUGAAGUGGAGGCCUCUCAGGAAAGGGCUGGGGCUGGACCUGCCAACUCGGGCAAGUCCAACAUCACAAAUGAUUCAAAUUCUACAGGAAAUGAGACUGAAGAUGGUAAAACUUGUGAUACCAUUCAAAUGUCCCAUGGUGACCGUCAUGAUGAUAGUGGAAGAGAAACACUGUGUGAAGAAGAAUUCCCUGAAGUGAAAGUAGACUUCCAGGAGACAUUUUUAGGCCACUCAAGUCCAAUAAGUAGGUGCCGUUUUUCAGCAUCUGGGGACAAUAUAGCUAGUGCUUCUGUUGAUGGAACAGUCAGGAUUUGGACGUAUGACUCAUCAGCUUCAACAUCUAGAAAUGCAACCAUAUAUUGUGGGGCAGAGAUUAUGUCGCUUGAGUGGGAUUGUAAAUCUGACCGAUUGCUUCUCAUAGGCACUGCUGAUGGUGGUAUCAAAGCAUGGAAUGUUGAUGCAAAGCGUGUUGUUUGUGAUCUUAGUACAAGUAAAGCAUUUCCUAGUGUCGUGGAUAUAAAGUGCAGCCCUGUAGAACCAGUUUUUGUUUCUGCCGCUGCUUCCAAAAGGCAUGGCUCAGGCUAUCUUGACAGUUUGGGAUAUGCUUCCUUAACGGUGUGGAAUAUGAAGACAUGGAAAGCUAUGGCAGUUCUACCUCUUGGUGAAGAUCCACCUGCAAUUACUUCUUUAUGCUUCAAUCACAAUGGAAAGAUUUUGGCAGCUGCUGCAACUGAUGGAAUGAUCCACAUGUUUGACAUGUCUGCUGGUCUACAGAUUACUGGGUGGCCUGCACAUGAUUCUACUAUAAAUUCUAUUCUUUUUGGGCCAGAUGAGACGAGCAUUUUCAGUUUGGGUCAAGAUGGGAAGAUUUUUGAAUGGAGCUUGCAAAACCAAGGUCAUGUCCUUUGGUCAAGGAGCUGUAGCAGGUUCUGCAGUCCUGAGACCUCAAAACAUUGUAGACAUGAAAUGGCUUUGGAUGCGACUGGGAGGAGACUAUUGGUGACAUCUGGUGCAGUAAGAGCACCAAUAUAUCAGGCUCGAGGAUAUGGAAAUAGUUGGAGAACCCUUCCUCACACUGCAGCUAUAACUACUGUGGAUUGGCACCCAACUUUACCUGUUUUCUUGACCGGCUCCGCUGAUAACUCUGUUCGAGUGACUUCAUUUUCAUGACAAUCCCCUACUACAAUGGCUGUAAUUGCUCCUUUUUUUAUUUGCAGAAAUAGUAAUUAUUUGGUUAGUUAGGGCUUGAGUAAAACUGCUACGGCAGCUAAAAAAUGUUAUAGGUUAUAUUUACAUGGGCGUUGAAGAAGAAUUCUUCAAGUUUGAGAGUGAGUUGGGUGAGGUGGGAUAUGUUGUAACUUAAUUCAAUUUAUUUGUGUUUGUAUUAUUUGUGCCAUAGUCAUUUUCAUUUGCUGA